AUGGGCGCUCCAUCCACAUACGGCGAGCUCUUUCGCAAGCAGUUCAAAGCACCAAAGCUCCUCUUUCACUUCUGCUUCUGGGCUUUUCACUGGGGUAUCUUCGCCUAUGGCUGGUACAAGCAGGCUUCCGAUAUCCGUCUCGCCGGUCUCAACACACUCACCUUCUCGGUGUGGAUCUCUCGUGGCGCGGGACUGGUGCUCAGCGUCGACUGCAUGUUGAUCCUGCUGCCCGUCUGCCGCACGAUUAUGAAAUUCGUCCGCCCCAAGAUACGCUUCCUACCCCUUGAUGAGAACCUCUGGAUGCACCGGCAGUUGGCCUACUCCAUCCUCUUCUUCACCUGUCUGCACGUCGCCGCGCACUAUGUCAACUUUUACAAUGUCGAGAUCGGGCAGAUUCGACCCGUUUCCGCGCUCCAGAUUCACUACGCACAGGCAGGAGGCAUCACCGGCCACGUCAUGCUCCUGUGCAUGUUCUUCAUGUACACCACGGCGCACGCACGCAUCCGCCAACAGUCCUUUGAGACCUUCUGGUAUACGCACCACCUCUUCAUCCCUUUCUUCCUGGCACUCUACACCCACACUGUCGGAUGCUUCGUCAGGGACACGGCGGAAGGAUACUCCCCCUUUGCGGGAAAGGACUAUUGGGACCAUUGCAUCGGCUACCUCGGCUGGCGGUGGGAGCUGUGGACCGGUGGCUUCUACCUCAUCGAGCGCCUGUGGCGCGAGGUACGAGCAAGGCGGUCGACCGAGAUCACCCGCGUUGUCCGUCACCCAUACGACGUUGUCGAGAUCCAAUUCGACAAGCCGAGCUUCAAGUACAAGGCCGGCCAAUGGCUGUUCCUCCAGGUGCCCAGCAUCAGCAAGUACCAGUGGCACCCCUUCACCAUCACUUCGUGUCCCUUUGAUCCGUACGUGUCAGUGCACGUGCGACAGGUCGGCGACUUUACACGCGAGCUGGGCGACGCCCUGGGUGCCGGCGCGGCUCAGGCCAAGUUGUACGAUGGCGUGGACCCCAUGGGUAUGUACGAAGUCGCCCUGCAGAACGGACAAGAGAUGCCUGCUUUGAGGAUCGACGGCCCCUACGGAGCCCCAGCCGAGGACGUCUUUGAGAACGAGAUCGCCGUGCUGAUCGGCACGGGUAUUGGCGUGACGCCCUGGGCGAGUAUCCUCAAGAACAUCUGGCACCUGCGCAAUUCCCCCAACCCUCCCAGGCGUCUGCGCCGCGUGGAGUUCAUCUGGGUGUGCAGGGACACUGGCUCCUUUGAGUGGUUCCAGACCCUCCUGUCCUCUCUCGAAGCGCAGUCCAACGAGGCCGCGCGCGUCCCCGGGUCGUCGGGCGAGGAGUUCCUCAAGAUCCACACCUAUCUCACGCAGAAGCUCGACAUGGACACGACCCAGAACAUUGUGCUGAACUCGGUGGGCAGCGAGAUGGAUCCCCUGACCGAGCUCAAGAGCCGCACCAACUUUGGACGACCCAACUUCAACAACAUGUUUACCGCCAUGCGUGAAGGCAUCCGGGACAGGAGCUACAUGGGCGGACUAGAGGGGAGCAUGAAGACGACGGUGGGUGUAUACUUCUGCGGGCCGUCUGCAGCCGCUCGAGACAUCAAAACAGCAUGUAAGGACGCUACAGCGAGGGACGUUCAUUUCCGGUUCUGGAAGGAGCAUUUCUAA